AUGAGGUUGAAUCGACGCCAACGAAAUCCUCCUCCGGAAUCGCCCAUCUUCUCGAGUGAACGCUCCUUGGGAGUGGAGAGUGUAAACGAGGAAGGUACCAAGAGCACGUUUCAGGCUCGCAUCAUUGUCACGGAAGGAGGAUCCAACAUUGAUCCUGCCAUGAUUGAAGAGCCAUCGCAAGAAGCGGCUCUCGACACGACGAUUGCAUUGGAAGAAGCCAGUGAAUGUUCGGAUGGCAAUGAGCUUGUCAUUAUUACGAGCGCCGUGCUCGAGCCCGAUUCGGAGGAAGACGAAGAAACGGCGGUUGCGAUUGAAGAAGCGGCCCUGCAGCCAGUCUCCAACAAGAAGGAUGAACGUGAUCGUGGUAGGAUCCUCAAGGUCAUUACGGUGGUCUUGAUUCUGCUGGUAGCAGCAGUGAUUAUGGCGACAUUGCUGACUGGAGAUGACGAGAACAAGAGCGAAGCUUUGACGAGCAGUGGUGGAGAAGCAUUGGACAUGGUAUCCGAGACCAUGGCUCCAUCGUACGUUGACGAUGACAUGGAUGUGCAUGACGAGGAAGACCAUAUGAUUUAUGCAACCGCAGCUGUCACCGCAAGUCCGUCGAUGGAAUCCUCCUCCAUGAGCCCUACGAUGCAACCAACUUCUUCUUCUCCAUCUUUUUCUCCCUCCGUUCUUCCCUCGGAAUCGCCAAGCUCGCUUCCCUCACAGUCACCAAGCUCGUUUCCUUCCCUGAUGCCUUCCUCUGUUGAAACGGAAACUCCAACUUCUACCCCCACGGAAUCGUCGCAGCAAAUCUUUGUUUCCAUUUCCCAGACGUUGGUAGCCACCGAGGGACCCUCGACGGCAAAUGACGAAACGACUGACCCUCCUUUUGGCACCAGUACCUUUGGUACACGGACUUGA